GUUAGGCAUUCCAGGCAAUUUCGUAUUUACACCAUCUCUGAGCGACAUAGCGUCUCAAGCUCAACUUGAGACGAGGAUUUUCUAGUGUGGAGUCCAAGUCCGACACCCCAGAGUCUACUGGGUCGAUGGAAUCCCUGCAGAUUGUUUACAGAUCUUUUGGUUACUCAUUUCUGUUGAUGCAUGGAGGCUUAUUCGCGGUAUUGUUCGUUUUAUGUGUGAUGCGCGUUUGCGCAGCAUUUCGUUCGUUUUGCAUGGCCGUCCGCUCUUUCAGUUGCGACCAAGUUCGUUGCAGGACUCAUUUCCGAUGCGCAAGUGAGCAAGACAGGAGGCUGGAAGCACAAGUCAACGAAGUCCAGAAAUCCUAUUUCUUCACAUUUGGGCCAAUACAUGUUGUUGCACAGAUGUGUAUCAUUGUAUUCUGCCACAUCACUUCUGCGAGUGCCGAGCAGAGCGUGCAUCCACGUCAUGGGUGGCACACCGACGGAAUGGUAACUCAUUAUGCUGCCUUCGCCCCCAUGUACAUAUCAGCCACAGCCAUGAUGCUAAUGCUUGGCGUUUUGCCGAAGUCAACGUCGACGGCUUGGUUGAACGCGCUGAACAUCACGACGUCCUUGAGCGUCGUUUUCUUUUCUGCUGUGCCAGAUCGUAUUCGUGGUUUUCCGGUCGCAGUCGACGACGGUCAAUUCCGUGGAGCAUUUAUGCUCCAGAUUUCCCAGUCGUGGGUUUGUGGUAAUCCAAAGUUGAGUGCCCUUCUAGUAUGUUCCCUUGUACUUUUGAAGGCAAUUCAGCAGUCCUUUUGCUGUUCGGAUUUUGUUUUGACAUUUCUGGUGUUGGCCUUGAUGGCGGUAUUGAGUCUGAUCGCGUUUUGGGGUUUGGAUUCGUGCAUGAGGCUCAUGGCCGCGGUGUAUGCGCGGGAGGCGGACGCCACGAAGCAUGCGUCUCUCAUCGAACGUCUCAUGUCUAAGUCGUGCGAUGCGUGCAUUUAUUUGGGACCUCGUUUGGAGAUUAUCAAGGGUGCCGAUCAACUAUGCAGCCUGCUGAUGUGCAGGAGUGGCCCCGAAAGUUUCAAUGGCAGACUAUUCACUGAGUUUGCGACGGAGGAUGAGAAACCCAGGGUAUUGGAAUUCAUUGCAAGGCUGUCGGAGGCCGAUGACGCCGAGCAGGAUACUCAGGCGAGCUUUCUUUCCACAAAGCUUCGUGACACACUUGGAAUCACUCUCAGGGUGCAGAUCUGUCACGCUUGCUUGGGAAGCGGCGACGACCUUAUCCACGUGGUCGGCAUCAACGAGGAGCAAGAUGAGUGGAACACGCAAGGCGUACACCAGAGUCACUUCAUUGCGCGAUGUCUUGCGAAGGGCGCGGAAGGAGCAGGCCACGCACUCGACUCGCCUGGGCCAAGCCGUGAUAGGUCCGACACUUCAGAGUCCGACUCCUUCGAUGACGACGAUGGUUUCACCUCUGUUGUAUCAGUAGGCACAUCUGACUCUGGGAUGCACGUGGCCUUUAACCUGAUCGCUGGAAGCGGGGACGACGCCUUGCCGAUCACGUCAUGCAGCCCUUCUUUCUCGGUCCUGUUUGGCAACUUCGAGCCUGGUACGUUACUUCGUUCUUUGUUCACGCAGAGAGAUUACAACAUCUUAGAAAAGUGGGUGACAGAUGCCGUGGUCGCAGGGCCACUGGACCAACAGGAGGCUCAGAGAAGCAAGCGGCUGUCAUUUCGCCUCCGCAAAUUGAACCGCCUGGGCGUGGAUAUCAAUGCUCGCUGCUCCCUGGCGCCUUGCGGGGACGAUGCCGCUAGCAUGCGCUUGAGCUUGCUCGAUAUCCAGUGGCUCGCGCUGCAGCAAGAGCUGCCGCGGGCGCAGCGCACCGCCAGGGCACGCGGUAGACGGGACGGCCGUAGCCGCAGAAGAUCGUUGGGAACGCCUAGCGGUCCCCCGGCCAGUCCUAUCGGGAUCGGGAAGCAAUUGCAGCAUCUCUAGCCUCCUCCGCGUACCAGGUGUCAUUCAGUUUCCAAACGUGCUGGCACGCUGUGAAUACUUGAAGGUUCCAAUGGAUGGAGCCCACCAGCAGGGCCGCUCCGGGUGAGGAUGUCCACGUUGCCUCAACUCUGCUGUGCUUUUCAAGCGCUGUGAGCGCCGAAAGGCAGCGACACCACGUCACCACGAGGACCCAUCCUUGUUUUUGUCCUUGAUCGCAGUACUAAGCGCGAGGGAUGCAGACGAACGCGUCGGAGCCUCUCGCUCUCGAGGAGGAGUGCGAGAAAUCAUCGCGCUCUCAUUAGGGGCUGCGGUGUUCGGGCCGCUCCUGAGUUCCAGGCCAGAGAGCCAUCUGCUCUCGCCGUGGCGGGAAGCGCCCCGUGCGUUCUUUCUCCGGCGUUCCCCUCGGCAGGACGCUGGGUAACUUAGGCCUAUUGCUCAUCGCCUCAAGUCGGGCAUGUCCCUCUACAGGAGGAAAAUUCAAAAAUAGUCGCAGAAUAAUUCGGGGACGAUUUUCCGACAGACAAUUUUUGAUUAUUUUCCAGCAUUGUCCUUUUAUUCUUGAAUCGCUUCGCUCAUUCCGCCAACCCAUAUUGCGCGCCGUUGUCGACUGACCGAGUGGUCUUUCGCCGUGCGGAGCUGCAGGGGCGGCGGCUAUUUUUAUCAGGCUGAACCUGAAGAACAGGUUGCGAGGCAGGAGGCGGAUGUUGUCUUGCAGAUGGCGCGCCGCGGCGAAGUGGCGGCCUCUGCAACCCUGCUGCCUUGCCUGGAUGCCAUUCGUGCCCGCAUAGCGGCGCGUGAGGCUGCAAGCAGGGCGUUGUGAACUGUCGCACUGUCAUAACUGGUCGGUCAACGGUGACCCCCCCC